UCUCGAUUGAAGACUAAUUUCAAAGCGUCUCGGCCGCAUGAUUAACUGAUGUUCGUCGUGAAAGAGCGGCAAUUUCGCAGCACAUGUCCCUAUAGAUUAAGUAUCUUUCUUGGACAGAAUGAAGAAGUUUUCAGGAGUCGGUCGGGGGCUGUUCAUCCAGUCCAAUGCUGCUGAUAGUGAAGUUGGCCGUGUUUCACCGUCCACUGUCGAAAACCCAUUGUCGUCUCAAAGCCCACCGAAACCUGACUUGUACGAAGGAAGUGAUACUAUUGGGAAAAGUGAAAGCGCUCCUGAGCCUUCAGUUUUGCCUCAGGGCACAGGAGAUGGGACUAAAGAUGAAGAAGGCAAAGACAUUUCACAGAAUUCUGGAUGCGACCCUCCGGACCAGGACUCUUCCAUUCCAGCUCUUGAUGAUAAUGCUAAGUCCAAGGGACCUGAGGCAUCAGCAAAACUGGAAGGUGUCAGAAUAUCAUCUUUGGAAGACCACCCAACAGUUUACAUUGAUACCUGGAAGAGUGAACCUUCCGCUUUAUCUCAUCAAGACACAUCACCAGAAUGUGUCGAGCCAGUCACUUCCGCUGAAGUGCCUCUCAAGGAUACUAUAGAAUCUGUUACAGAUCCCACUCCUAGUGCGACUGAAGGGAAUAUACAUGUCGAGAGUGAAUUUAUCAGUAAGACUGAGGAGGUAAAGGAGUCAAAUGAAAUUAGCGAAAGUAGUAACACUCGCAUUUUGGAAAAUGAAAAUAGUUCAGUUGAACCCAAGUCAGGAGAAGGUACUAAAGACAAUGAGAACGAAUCUACUAAUGAGAGUGACCCUAGUGUGAAUGACAAAUCGAAAAUCCACAUUGCUGCAAACCUAAACUCUUCAGCUCCAACAAGCAAAGGUUCAAAGACUACCCCGGACAUCCCCCUUCUGCCCUCUCCAGUGAAGGUACCUGGUGCUGGUAUCUUAGGGGCAGCUCCAAAUGCCCCUCUUCUGCCGAGGGGGCCUCCUCCCAUGUUCCCCAAAGCCCUCCCCAUUUCCAUCCCACCACCCCCAAUGGACCUCCGGCUGCCCCCGCCCAAAAAGGUUCCAAAGACAAAAGAGGAGCUGCUGCAAAUUCUGACUGAACAGGUCGGACUCAUUCAGCCGUUAGACGAGAAAGGGGCUGUAGAUCAAGGACGGGGAAAGACUGCUCCACCAGCAGACGAUCAAAAAUCCAAGGCACAACCAAAGAAACAACAGUAUCCUCAGAGACAACAGCAGCAUCAGCAGCACCCGUCUCACCAGCCAGGACAGCCAUGGCAGAAUCCUGGCAGGGAGAACAACUGGAGACCGAAGACCGAUGGCAAAGGUCUACAGAACAACAUGAGGAUGCCACAACAAGGCAUGACUAAUAUGCAGAACAGGCAACCAAAUACAUCAGGAAAGAAACCCAGCCCCCAGGGUACCAUGAAAUCGGGUCUGUCCAGUCUCACCAAAGACGAACUGGAGAAAGAGUACCAGUGGCAAAAGUUCAGUGUGGAGCGGAAAAUCAAGAAGAUCCUCAAAUCAUUGAAGACGAGUACCAAUGAGGAGGUUAUAAAGGAGCUACUGGCUGUUAUCAAGUUCAAUCCGUCCAAACUGGCCAACUUUCCAUGGCCCAAGGAGCAGUAUGUGGUGCUGGAGAAGCUGAUAGAACACGCGAUCGUCAACACAGACAACGACGAUGCGCUCCAUAAGAGGAUUGCUACAAUCAUCAACUCAUUGCAAGAUAUGCAUCCCCAAGGAUUCAAAGAAGAUCUAAAGAAUGCCAUCAUGCAUGAACAAGGAGAAUAUAUUCAGGGAAGUAGCAGUGAUUUCAGGAGAAAGCAAGCAAGGUCUGCCAGUCAUUUCCUGGGAGAACUGUACAAUCUUUCUAGGGUUUCAAGUACUGAGUUCAAGGCUUCGGUACAGUCGGUAAUCGCUCUCGCCCUCAAGGACUGGAUCAAGGCACCCAAUGUGACAAGCACCAGUGAAGAUAGUAGACUUCUCCUUGAGGUGAAUUCCGAAUGUCUGGAGGAGUUUCUUAUCCUGACCCUGAGGGAUAACGAUGAGAACAUCAAGAAACAGGUCCUAACACUGUUGAAGGAGGAGGUGUUUAGCACUACAAGGCCAAAAGAAGCGAGGACUCUUUUGCUGGAUACCCUGUUUAAUCUUGCCUGUCAGAGGUGUACUGCCGGGAUACCGACCACUGCACAUGUGAAUCAAGACAAGAGAGAUGCCAAGACAGAUUCUGGUUUAUUCGACACCUCUCCUGCAAAAGUGACAUCUUCUAGUCCUCAACUGCCGAUAAGCCCACAGAAGCCUAAUAAUCAGCAAGAUGGAAAAUGGGCUACACAGCAGCAGCAGCAACAAAGGCAACAGCAGCAGAACCCACCAUUUCCAGGUCCUAGGUACACAUCUCCGCCACCAUCAGGGUUGGCGCAAGUUCCAAGGAGGUUACCACCCGGGCAGCACCCAAUGAGCUUCCCUCAGGGUCAUCCAGUGAACACGAGUGUCCCUCCUCCUAGCAUUAAUCAGCCAGGACACAAUAUACCUCGGUUCCCUCCUCCUCAAGGCCCUCCUCCGGUGCCAGUCCCAAUGUCGGCUGCAGCUACAUGUUCUGGAAUGGUGAUGACUCAGUUGCCGCAACAAACACAGCAUCACCAGCAGCAACAGCACCAGCAACAUGGGUAUGCCAAUCAGAGUACACCUGCAUCAAUACAGGCAUCCCAAGGAUCACAUCCUCCCCCUCAAUCUCAGAUUUCUCAAGGAGGGAGCCAAAGACAUUCACAUGGCCUUGCUGCUACCUUAGCAAUGGUUCAACAAGGUGCUAUAUCAGACCCACAAGCUGUUGCUGCUCAACAAAUUCUAGGAAAUGCAGUUCAUCAAGCAGCUAACAUCCCUCCGUCACAAGCUUCCAGUAUGCCCUCCAUGAUGUAUGCUAACAGCCAGGUAAACCCUCAUUCAGUUUCAGGUGUGCCUGGUCAGCAAAUGAUGCCGGAUGGGAAUAUCCAAGCAGGAACCGCUCAUGGACACACUGUUCAAAGUUCUCAGUUCCUUCGCAACAUCCAAGUGUCAUUAGCACAGCAGAUGAGUACAUCUCUGAAUUUUCAGCAGCAGGAAGAACUUGUUAAUCAAUUGGGACACAUAGGUCUGUCAGGUUCUAGUCCAUGGCAGCGUUCAGGGAUAUGUGUAACCCAGGCUGUGACUACACCUCUUUCCUCAACUGCUCAAGGGAUGAACCCUUCAUUGAAUAGGCAAGAUAUGCUGACUGCUUCACCAGGCAUUCAAGGGGUACCAUCAUCUCAAGGAGGAAUGUCAAGUCAGCCUCCAUUUACCCAAUCUGCAGGGAGUGGAACAUUUGUUGAUUAUAUCUCUGCAGUAACACCUAACCAAGAUUUUAAACAGAACAGUAAUGAUGCAAGGCAAGGUAUCGGCCAAUGGGGUAUGCCAGCUCAGGACAGUCCCUGGUCUGAAAAACUUCUAGAUUCCAAUCAGUUACCGACCUCACCUCCUCCAUCAUUUACCUCUCCGCUCCAGACACCUAACCAGUGGUCAGGUGAUGGUCAAAGUGUGACGUCGCAGGAGGCAGGUAAUGAUACGCCUCAAGAGCCCUCUGGAUGGGGAGAUGGUAGCCCAGGACCUCAAGAAUCAUCCCAGCAAAGGCUGGGAACAGAUGGCUGGGGAACGUCUAUUCCAAGUCAAGGUAUCGCUAGUUGGGGUGCAAAUCCCCUGCCAGGAAACCCCAAGACAACUGAUGGCUGGAAUGGCCAUAUCAAAUCCGUUCCUGGGCAUCAAUCAGGCCCAGCACAGCAGAUUUUUGCAGAGCGUCCAGAAGCAGGUUCCAGUGGGUUUCCAAGUCAGGCACCACAGAAUGUUUCUCAAACUCCCUCAAAAAACAUGUAUAACUUUGAAGAGAGUGCAAGUUCUGGUGGUUCCGAGUACCUGAGGUCAGGUGCAUAUACUCUUCCUUCAAGGCACAAAGAAGGGUCUCCAGCAGCAGAGGGUGUGUCCUACAGUGCCAUGUCAGAACUGGGAAGCUAUGGCAUUGACCCUGGCAACAGCUAUGAAAGCGCCUCAUAUGGAGGUGCAUACACUCCGAUAAGGGAUGGAGGAGGCUAUGGAGAUCAUCUUCCCCCUGGAGCUCAGAAAGUGGACGGAUAUGUCUUGUUACCUGAGAGCAAUUCUGUGCAGGAAUCCACCUCCCCAGAGCCAGUCGACUUCAAGGCCAUCAGAAAUUGCGUCGUCGAAGAAGAUGAUGAUUUGUCAAUUUAUGAACGUACUGCUCAUGAGAAUCAGUUGAGGAAUCGGGAACAGUAUGGCCAGCCCGACUGGGCAAUGUUUGGAGCGCCCAAAGAUAAGCAUGUCCCCAGUCCUUACGCUGGAAGGAAUCGGAGGGAGAACAUCCACAGAGGUCAAGGCAGGGGGAGUCUACGUGUAACCAAUCCGUGUACCGCCAUGCCUCCGUUCCCCGCCGCCCAUCCACCAGGGAGUAAUCUACCACCCUUCAAGCAAAAUUUCUCACCAAGAAAUUAACUCACCGUGUAUAUUUCAAGUAAAAUUCUUUCUUCUGUAUUUUUUUUUGUCCUGCAGCUGCUUGAUUCUUCAUUCCCGGGUUUUUUCUUUCUUUUGUGAUUUGCAAAUGUUGUGCUCUGUUUGAAAAAGUAUUUCCAAUAGAAAGCACUGCAAUGUUUAUUCUCUUACCAUAAUUUUCAGGAAGGAAUUGUGUGCCUUCAACGAAAAGAAGGAGCUGCAAGAGCCAAAUGUAUCUUUUCCUAUACAAUGUUUCUAAUUUGAAGGAGAAUCGUUAAAAAUAAAAAGAUGUGUAAAAAUGAUUGAAUGAAUGUAGUAUGUAGUUCCAUUUUUCAAGAUGAAUAAGAUGUUUUUAGUGUUAAGUAUUAUUCAAACAAAUUCCAUCGAAUAUAUAGUGAACUUAUAUUCUUAUUCCAGUCAAGGUGGCAGAAUGCACACAGUGCUUAAGUCAUUUCUCUAUGAUUUAAUUGUUUUUAUUGUAUCCUUUAAUAUUUGUUUGGUGUGGUUUGCUAUAGAUUGUUGGGAUGUAUAAGCAGCAGUAGAAUCAGUUGCAUAUCAAAGUAAAUCUUGAUAAUGUAGAAAUGGAGAUUUAUAACAUUGAAUAAUGAAAUAUGCCUGUUCAAGUUUCUUCAAGCUUACCAAUUACUUCAAACAUUUACUGGUGCCCUGCAUGUUACCUUCUCAAUCUAACAGGCUAUUGAGGUUGAGAUUCAAAGACAGCGGUGACACACAACACUUGCAAUGCCAAUUUGAUGCACUUCGUUUGGUAACUAUUUUAGUAGUGUGGUUUCCACACUGAUGAAUAUUAAUAAUGAAUAUUUAUAGAGUGUCAUAACUGCCAAAGAUUACACUCUUGAUGCAGAAUCUAUGGUUCCAUAGCCAUGUUCAGUGGGUCACCUUUCACACUCCAAAGAACAGUAGUCCUUUUUAUUAGUCACCGGCCUUCCACUUGUCAGUUUACCUUCCUACAUUUACAACAGAUGAUUGGAGCUUCCAUAAUAGGCAAUUUAAAGUCUGGUGCUGGUUUUAGUGUUAAAAAUACAACUUAGAUUGCAUUCCCUGGCUUCAAAACAUGAUUUUAGUGUACAAACAUGAUCCAAAUCAUAUUACUGACAGUUAAACACCAAGUGAGAUAUGUUCAGGGCUAGGCUUAUUUGAAGUGUGUGGCUACGUUGAUGUAAAAUUUGACCUUGUACCAACACCAAAAGGUCAACACUAAGUGUCGUCAUGGACAUAGGUCAGGAGUUAUAAAAUUGAGUCUGAUUUGAGCAUUCAUAUUCUUCAGGACUCUCUGCCCUAAAAGUCUGUAUUCAAAGGCAUAUUGUCUACUGGAUUCUCCUCUGAAACCAGGAAUUGUUCAGAAAGGAAUAUCCAAGUUGUUUAGAAUAGUGAAAUCAUCAUCAAGUGUUGUGAAUGCUUUCAUUGUUUCCUAUUCACCCUGCCGAACAGGAGGAAAAGGGAUAAGCUUGAGAGAAAGUCACAUUUUCUUGCAUGGUAUUGUUCAGGGUCUCUGAGCUAUCACAAGAUAUCUACCAAUGUUGAGAUGAAAAGGAAAAUGUUGGGAGAGAGGUGGCUUCCAUUUUGAGGCAUACUUCAAAGUUUCUUGGAUAUUCUUUGACUGUCAUUCAAAUGUGUUACAAGCAGAAAGCUGAGGAGGAGGAGAUGUUUCCAUCUCAGGUCUGGUUCAGUAGUUGCUUUUGAUAUUAAGAAAUAGCAAAUAGGGGUGAUAUAUUUGUUUUGGUGUCCUCAAAGAAAUAUCCACCAACGGCUCAAAAGAAAGUGUGAAUCCUGGUCAGAUGUCCUUCAAAAGUUCCUUGGCACUCAUGGAUCUACAAAACAAGGUUUAGUGUAGAGGAAGAUUUUUUUGGGUCUCUUUUAGAUUUGUUUGAUAGAUAUCAAGAAAUAUUGAUAUUGGUCACAGUUGUUUUUAGGAAGGAAAGUUCUUUGGAGAGAGGGUAUCCUUAUAUAUUCUUAUCAUUUUAUGUUGAGAUAUCUUCAGUGAGGUUUACUUGGGAGAUGAUCAGGAUGUUCUUGUAAGUAACUGUUAUCAAGGUUUUCAG